GAAGAAGAAAAAAAUAUAAGUGUUUGAAUAUAAAUCGAAUGAAUUGUCAAAGAGAUAUCAGUCAUAAAUAAAUACGAAUAUUCCAGAAAAUCAUUUAUUUCAUUCCGUGUUGAAUUUUAAUCAUCGUACAAAGAUUUCAAAAGUAAAUCGGCUUUUUUCACUAUUUUUUUUAUGACAACCAGCGAAUAAUCUAUAUAUACUCUAAAGAAAAAUAAUUUCUUUUGUGCGCGCUCAAAAACAAACAACAACAAAAUAAUCAAACCAAUAAAUUUUGAUUAACUUUAUAAAAAGGAAAUAAAACAGUGUUUAGCUUAAAAUUUUCAAGCUAAAAAUAACGAACAAAUAAAUAGAAAAGUUUUCGUUCCUUUUUUUUUCACAACAAAUCGAGAGAGAAAAUAAUAAUCGAAAAUAUGGCGACAGAAGUGGCAAAUAAUCAAGCAGUCAGUGCACCAGCUCCUGAAGAAAAUGCAGCUGAAAAGAAGGUUGAAGAGGUGGAGGCAGCCGUUAAGGAUGGUGAUGCAAACGCACCAGCCAAAACUGAGGAAACGGCCGAAAAUGCUGGCGAUGCUCCAGCUGCAGCCGCUCCAGUCAAAACCGUAGCACCAAAACUAACGGUACAUAAAACUGACUUCGAAAAAGAUGUCAUUUAUCUGUAUCAGUUCUCAAGGACCCCAUUUUUGCCAUCAAUAUCACCAUAUUGUCUCAAAGUUGAGACUUGGCUACGUCUCGCUGGACUCAAAUACGAGAAUGUCGACCAUAAGAUGAAAUUCCGUUCGAAGAAAGGUCAGUUACCAUUUAUCGAAUUGAAUGGUGAAGAAAUAUCCGACUCGGUCAUCAUUAUUAAGGAAUUGGGCGCUAAAUUCGACAAAGAUUUGAAUGCGGGUCUCACACAAGAUCAACGCAACAUCGCUCAUGCCACCAUAUCGAUGAUUGAAAACCACUUGGUUUGGGUUUUGUUGUACUGGCGUAUGAAAAACCCAGACCUGCUCAUCAAAGGUUACAAGGUGAACUUACAACAUGCACUUGGAUGCCGUUUACCAAACAGCAUCUUAAACUUCUUCUUCCGCUUUACAUACGGACGCAGGUGGUUCCAGGGCUGCAAGAGAGUGAAAGCACAAGGAAUUGGUGUGCACAAACCGGAGGAAAUCGAAGAAUUUGGCAAAAACGAUCUGAAAGUCUUGUCUGACAUCCUAGCGGACAAACCAUUCUACUUUGGUGAUGAACCAACCAUCUUGGAUGUCGUCUCGUUCGCUGUCUUGUCACAGUUCAAUUUCAUUUCGAAAGAAGUCAACUUCCCACUCAGAGAUUACAUCACUGAAAUUUGCCCAAAUUUGAUCGGCCAUGUAUCACGAAUCAAGGAACGAUGCUUCCCAGACUGGGACGAAAUUUGCUCCAAACUCGACUUGAACGCUCAUUUGCCGAAACCAGAACCGGAAAUCAAAGAAGGCAAGGAAGCUGAAACCGAAAAGAAAGCCGAACAGGAAAACAAUGAAUCGGAUCAAAUCGAAAAAGAGCUAGAAAAAGAUAAGGUCGAAGAGAAGGAGAAAGAGAACAUAGAGGAAAACAAGGAAAAGGAGGAAGCUAAAUAAGCGCAUUGACAUUGAAACAGAAGAAGAAACACCGAGAACAAGCAUGAAUAAAACAAAAAAUAGAAAUUUACAACAGUAAAAACGUUAUCCGAAUACAUUUAAACUAUCUAAAAACAAAAAAAAGCUAAAACAUCAAAAAAAGUAAUAAGGAAAACACAGAAAUUACUCAAAUUUUAUAGAUACCAUUUUUUUGUGCGAAACAAAAAUGAAAUCGCUACAUUUUCUAGUAUGUAAAAUAACAAAACAAACAUAAAACGUGAAUCGCGCGCGACCGAUAAAAAAAAAUAACAACAACAACCGCAACAACACACAGUAAUAAAACAAAAUGACAUCUUUCUUACGAAAAACAGUAAAUUUUACAAGAACAGACCAAACAAUUUUACGAAAAUCGAAUCUGUAUGGAAACAAUUUAUAUUUGGCAUAAAAGAAAUGGGCAGAGCUAUGAAACAAACCAACAACAAGAAAAAAAAUGCAAGCUUGAUUCAACAUUAAGAUAUUACAAGAAAAAAAAAUUAAUAUUAUACUCAUACUCAUUUAAUAGAUACAAAGUAAAGAAAAAAAAAAUCAUAAACAAGUAAACUAAAAACGCGAAUCAAACGAAAAAAAAAAAGCGAACAAACAUAUAAACAUACUACAGACACUCAUCUCUUUUUGCAAUAAAUACAUUCUUUUAUUAUGUUGCAUGACAAUUAGUGAAUGGCAUACAAUUCCACAAUAAAAAUGAUUAUGACAAGCGUAAAGCAGCGUUCAGUUUCUUUCACAAAUUCCAAGCACAUGCGUUUCUCUUUUAUUUAAUUUAUUUUUUUUCUUUCUGUUUCGGGUGUGAUUAUUUGCUUGUCGUAAAUUUGUUUUGAUGCAUUAUUUUUUAUGCGCAAUUCUGCCAUCUCUCUUACUCUAAAUCGUAAGUCUGAUUGUAUGGAAAUUGAUCAAUCAUUUUCCGUCUUUGUGUCGCCCGUUUUAACUUGCGACAUACAAGCACACACAUACACACAAUACCACCGAUAGCAUCAAAAUAAUAUAUAAUUCAAUCAAUUGCGAUAUAAUAUUGCUAUUCUUCUUCAACGGUGCUAUUGUUGUUUGCGUCCGUGGCUUAUAUCAUCUAUAGAUCAUGCAUUUGUAUAUUCAUUUAAUUGUGUUUCAAGUGCUUUGAUCACAAAAUGCUUCACACUCUAUCAAGGUCGCCGAAAUUCUAUACGCACACACACACACUUGCACUUUCAACGGAUGAAAGAAUAUUUUUUAUCAAACCGAAAAUGAUCAACCGCUUUUAUUUGAAAAAAAAAAAAAAAAAAUGAAACGAACAAUCGUGUGAUAGAAAUAACAACAAGCACAAAAACAACCAACUCAAUGGAUUUUACGGCGCAAUAGAGCUAAAUAACAACAAAAAAAGUCAUAACCAAUACGCACCUAAACGAACAUCGUGUCGAAUCAGGGGAGAAAUUUAGUAACAACAACAGAUAAACCAUACAAAUUUACACAUUACACUCUCGCAGAACAGAAACAAACUAAAUUAAAUCGACAUUGUUUUUAUAUUUCUUUCAAAAAAAACUGUUCGAAGAAUAAAAAUAAUGCACUGAGAAUUUUCGAUCUAGAGACUAUUUGUAGCAAAUAGAUUGUAGUAACACCAGAACCAUCGAUGAUGUUAGGAUUAAAUAAUAAAAAAAGGCGCAUCUAACUUCCGCUUCGAAUCGGAUCAUUUUUUUUACUCAUUUAAAACAAAAAAAAAAAUCAUUCACACUCAUCAUACGUCAAGCGACUGCACAAACGAUAUAAACGAGAAAUCAAAGCAUUAAACAUCAUUUUUGUACACCAUCAUGUUUUUCUCCACCUAUUUUAUAUUUGAAAGAAAAAAGUAAACCUUUUUUACGAAGAAAUAAAAGAAUGGAAAUACAACAAUGGACAUCUAACUUUAAAAAACAAAGAAAAAAAAAACAUUAGUUUGCAAAAAAAAAA